AUGCCUGUGUUCGAAGCUGUAGCAGCAUUGAUCAGCCCUGUUCUUUUGUUGAAAGGAACAGUUGACCAGUUCUUCUUGUGGGUGAACACAGCCGUGUAUGGCGAUUGCUUGUACCUCCAGAUGCACAAGAUACCGCACCAUGUCGAAAGAGCUGCCAUGAGCUGGCGGGAGGGACAUCUCAUGGUAUGGCCGCUGGAACUUUCAAAACAAGUCAAGUUGCAGCCACCGCAUCCUGAACGCGAUGGAUUUGUACGGAUGGUUUUCAGAAUUUGUUGGCUUCUUGUUCUUUGGGCCUACAUGCCUAUGCUGAUUGCCUCUGUAAUCGGAGGGAGCGUCAGCAAAUUGAAGGCACUCACGGCUGAUAAAUGGCUCUUGGAUUUGGUGAUAGGAAUUGUUCCAGCCAUAGCACUUGCGAUUGGAUGGAUCGUCCUAUGUUUGCUUGAUGCCUUUUUUGCAGUGAAGAUCAUGAGAAUGCUUAAGGAGAGAGUGCCUUGGGUAGAGAAGGGACAGCCACGGAAAUGCCAGACCUGGUUUUACCCCUGCGUCGUGAGUGCCAUCCUUCUUGUUUGCAACGGUGAGUUCUUGUGGCAUAUUUUUGCGGGUACUUUCGGAAACUUCUGGCCUCCACGGUGGCUACAAGAUCUACCAGAGAGGGAACGUGCCGUGCUUGACAACGACUUGAUGUCAUUGGGACUCAGCUCAGUGAUCAGUUCGGCAGUGGUGCCGGCCGUAUUUGCCCUUUUUGUUCCACCCUUAAGACUGUUCUUGACGCUGAUGGGGCACGAUCAGAUGACGAGUGCAACAAGCUUCUUAAGUUUUGCCAGGAUGCAUCAGAACCUCAUCCAGUCUUUUCCACACCUGGAGAAGCUGCUGCGGGAAGCAGAGGACGAUCCCUACAUGGAAGAGUCAGCAUGGCAGCUGAAAGUGAAGAUUUGGUUGGCUUCUAUUGGGCACAACCGAGUUUCUAUCCCUCUCAUUGCUCGUCUUCGCCGGGCACUGCCAAGAAAGGACACAGAAUAA